AUGGACAGCGCCUACUUGAAAAACCAUGUGGGGAUGCUCCUGGCGAAGGGUAUUGCAGAGACGGUCACCGCGCAGCCCAGCAACCCGCAAGAGUACCUUGCCCUCUACCUCCUCCACCAGCUCCAGGAGGAGGAGCGCAAGACAACGGCCGCAGCGCACAAGCGUAAGGUGAAUGAGCUUCGGGAGGAGUGGUGCCAGAAGCGAGCGUUACGUGAGAAGUCGGCCGUUGACGUGAUCCAGCGCUGUUUCCACCGCUUCCAGAAACGCCUUCACACAAAGCGAGUCGCUGAGGAGGAGCUGCAGGAGAUGUACGAAGCGGCCGAGGCCGAGGCGGAGGAGCUGCUGGACGAGGAGGCCGCAAUUAAGGCUGCGAAGGGCGACGAGGACACUGAAGAGGAUGGUGCGGGUGCGGCGUCGGAGAGGCACUCGGGCUCACUCGCUGCCGCAGCGCUGGAGGAGAAGGAGACCGUGAUGAGCGAGGCCCGUAGAGAGUUUUUCAAGUCUCAGCGCUUCCUGCUGACCCUCUCCAAGAGUGCGGUGGGCCAGCUCAAGCACAAGCUGGAGGACGAGGCGGAGCGCGUGCGCAUUGCGCAGGACAUCACACUCGGUGCCUACCACCGCGCCGCUGCUCAGGAGGCUGCGCUCGUGGAGGCGAUGACCACACCUUCCAUGGCAAAUGCCGCACCUGUGCUCUCCCCCGCCGCGGCGGAGCUAGCGGAGCGCCUCGCUGAACAUCGCGACCACCGCUUCAUCUGUGUCCCGUACGUCAACUACCUUGUUUUUCGCUGCGUGUGCUACCUCCUGCUCAACACCACACCCAAGGCGACGAACACAGCCGCAAAAGUGGCCGCGCUGCUGAAGCCCUCGGUGCUGGUGCAGCAGCUACGCGCCUUCAACCCUGUGGCCGCGUACGACCGCGGGGUAGCGUUGAAGUUGGAGCGACUUGUGCCAGAACUGAGCUCGGCAACCGGCGGUGACGAGGACAUGGACGAGGGCAAUGGCGAGGGGCGCCGCAAGGAGAGCGACGCGCUUGCAGAGGAGGGCUCCAGCGUUCCGUUCACGCAGCCGAUGACACGUCAGGUGCGCCGCGCCGCGCGUGUGCUGCGGACCUGCUGGCUGGAUGGAGAGUACCAGUGCGAGGUCGACCCGGAGGAGUUUUACACGGAGGAGAUGCUCGAAGAGGAUUCCGCCAAGGCGGAGGUCGACGGCGACGAGAACGCACUGAAGCAGAAGCUCAUUCCGACGCUGGCAGAUGAGAUUGAGGCAGCAGCCAAGGCACGCGAGCGUGUGGCGGAGCUGCGCAGCAUCGUCGAGGCGCAGGUGAAGCAGCGUGGGGGUAUUGUGAUGUAUGGCCUACUGCGCUUUGUGUCCGCCGCUGUGGCGUACCGCCAAGCACGCGAUGCCAUCGUGCAGCAGCGACAAGAGAUGGGGCUGCCGAUGGAUAACUUGGAUGAGCUGCCCGAGGAUGAGGCCGAGGACCCUAUGAACGACGAGGCACUGAUAGAUGAGGAAACCGGUGAGCUGGAUGUGGCGGGCGUGCAGGUGCUGCAGGAGCGCAUCGGCGUGGACACGGAGGAGGCGCUAGCGAAGACGUGGGAGGCCCGCGACCGACGUCAGCGCGAGGCAUACUCGAUGAAGGCGAUCAGCCUGCAGCAGCAGCUCGACGCUAGUGAAGAGGACGAGGAAGAGGACGAGGGCGAAGGCGCGUGA